ACUAAACGGUAAGUAAGAUUCAUUGCCUGCUCAUCGUCGGAGUAGGAAAGAACGGAUCAGCAGACGUUGAGUUUCAUUUCUCUCACGUGUUUACUCUGAAUUAAAGUUACCGUACGACUGAUAGAUUUCGGAGUAUUUCGACCGGAUUUUGUAAUCCUCGAAUAACGAAAUAAUCCAUCGGUGGCUCCUCACCACCCUUAGAAGAAUUUUAAAUCCAGAGAAAGUUCGACAGAAAGAAGUAGUGAUGAAGACCCUGUCGGUAGAUACGUCGCUUCGCCUGGCAAGAGUUCUAUCGACCUUGAUAUUGCUAUGGCCGCUAGCUCCUGAUGCGAAGCGUAGCGAAGUCAUAAGACGUCGGAGCUUGACGCUCUUGUCGCUAGCUCAUAUAGCUGUAACGUUUCCAACAAUGAUACUUGGAACGCUCGAAAACAUGGAAAGCCGCCUUGACAUGUUCAUCGGUAGCACAGACAUGAUAGCAGUCGGUGGUCUGAUACUGUAUAUCGGUAUCUGCUACAUCGAGGAAACUCGCCUUCAUGGAUUGAUAACCGAAAUGACGUCGUUCAUGAAAGAAGCUAACGACGAAGAAUUGGCUGCGAUUGAGUUCUACAUGAAAAAGUGUUCAUUGCUACAUAUGGGAACUGUCGUGGUGGCCUUGUCCAUACCAGUAUCAUAUAUUUUUUCACCUCUUAUUCAAGAUCAGCCCUUGCCCGGUAGAACCGCAUACCCGUUUUCAAUAGAGCCACUUUGGAUUCAUAUUAUGCUAUUUAUAUCACAGUCUUUUCUUAUUAUUCAAAUUCAAGGCGCAAUAUGCAUGACCAUAGCGUUUGUGGUUCUAAUCUGGUUCGGCGCUGCAAGAUUUGAUAUGGUGUGCAUGGCCAUCAAUAAGGCAACCACAGAAGCUGAAGUGAAGAAAUGUGCUAAAAAGCACCAGGAAUCGAUACACUUUGCGAACAGACUGGGGACGACUGUGGGCCGUAUGGCUCUUGGGGUGGCCAUAAGCAAUUUGCUGGGCGUUAUGUUUGGAGGAGUCGUGAUCACUUACAGGACAUUUGAUUCCAUCAAUUUCUUCAAGUUGAUGAUCUUCAUGAUGAUAGUCACGUUUCACCUGUUUCUGUACGCUUGGCCAGCGGACUACUUGGCUCAGUCGAGCCAACGCGUAGCGGAAUCCAUUUUAAAUGGCAAGUGGGUAGGAAAAUCGCCUAGGAUGCAUAGCUCGUUAUUGCUUAUGAUGCAAAGGGCCAAUAACCCAGCCAUAAUCAAGGUCGACGGCGUGCUUCCUCCCUUGAACCUGGAGAUGUUUGGAAGUGGGUUAUCAACCAGUUUCUCGUACAUCGCAACGCUUUUCGCUAUUUUCGACGAGUGAAUACGAAAGCAGAUAAUCCGUAAGGUCACAAUGCUUUUGUCGCAUCAAGAUACGUACACCAUCUUCUGCGUUUGAGCCAGUCUGUCUAGUGAUUUACACCCAGCAGCCAGGCGACGAAAAUUUGAUUCGUCUGUUAUUCCCGUUUUCGCGUUACGUGAUAAAAUCAUUAUACCUAGUACGAGCUAUAAUGCGAAAAGCAGACAAAUCAAGUUUUUAACGAGGUAUUGCUUAGUGAGACUUUGGAAGCUGGCAGGUGUAUUGUGACGAUCCUUUUCAGUAGAACAUAAUAGGUAUAUGAAAGAUCGAAUGCAACUUUGGUUCAUGUGAUUGCAAUAGUUGGAACGUAGAAUACACUGGAACCCAUAGAAUAAACGAAUAAUCCAAACCACUAUAAA